AUGAGAAGCGCACAAAUGGCUCAAAAAGCUCAGUUAGCUCCACAAAUGGCUGCUCCUAUCCCAGCGGAUCCUUAUCAACAGUAUCUUCAAUAUCAGAUGUAUCAACAAAUGGAUAUGCCACAAGUGGCAGCAUACGCCCCUUUUGCAAUGUAUAGUCCGGUUUAUAGAGGUCAAACGCCAGUAGCUCCUCCACCAUUCCAAGCUGCUCGUCCUGCUCCCGUUCAAUAUCAUCCAAUGGCUUAUUAUCAUCAUACUCAAGCAGGACAACCACCAAUUCGUAAAAAGUCAGCAAUGACCUAA